UUGGAAAAAUGAAACGGAGGAAGCAAGACGAAGGGCAGGUAUGUCCCCUCUGCAGCCGACCUCUGUCAGGAUCCGAGGAGGAGAUGAGUAGGCAUGUGGAACAAUGCCUUGCAAAGAGAGAAGGUUCAUGCAUGACUGAGGAUGACUCUGUGGACAUCGAGAACGAGAACGGCAACCGCUUUGAAGAGUACGAAUGGUGUGGGCAGAAGAGGAUACGGGCUACUACUCUCCUCGAGGGAGGAUUUCGAGGUUCUGGGUUUAUCAUGUGUAGCGGCAAGGAGAAUCCAGACAGUGACGCUGACCUGGAUGUGGAUGGGGAUGACACACUUGAAUACGGGAAACCACAGUACACAGAGGCAGACGUUAUCCCUUGCACUGGGGAAGAGCCAGGUGAAGCCAAAGAGAGGGAAGCGCUCCGAGGUGCUGUUUUAAAUGGUGGCACACCCAGUACUCGAAUAACACCGGAGUUUUCUAAAUGGGCCAGUGACGAAAUGCCCUCAACGAGUAAUGGUGAAAGCAGUAAACAGGAGACCAUGCAGAAGACCUGUAAGAACAGUGACAUUGAAAAAAUUACAGAAGACUCUGCAGUGACAACAUUUGAAGCGUUAAAGGCUCGUGUCCGUGAGUUAGAAAGGCAGCUUUCCCGUGGGGACCGCUAUAAAUGUCUCAUUUGCAUGGACUCCUACACAAUGCCCCUGACUUCCAUUCAGUGCUGGCAUGUGCACUGUGAAGAAUGCUGGCUGCGGACUCUGGGUGCCAAGAAGCUCUGUCCCCAGUGUAACACCAUCACGUCUCCUGGAGACCUUCGGCGCAUCUACUUAUGAAGGACCCAGCGGGUGGGCGGGACCCAGCUACUCGGCUCAGCUCAUCACACCAAGGGGGAGAAGAACGACGGCAACAACAAAAAAAAAAGAGACGUUUUAAAAUUUAAAGAAAAAAAACAAACCAGAGACUCCAGACACGGACUUGAGGAUACAGGAGCAGUGGGGAGCCUUGGCUCCCAGGUCCCGCGUGUUGAGACCUCCUUCAGCAUUUGCAGCGGGCAAAACCAAACCCUUUGUUGUGAAGCCCCCUUUUUUAAAACCAGUAUUCCCCAUCCACCCAUUCCCUGGAGCUGGCUUUGCAUCGCGGAUGGCUCGUGAGCCAUCUUUUGGACUGUGUUGUUGACCACUCUGCUCCCAGGAGACUGGGGAAGGGACCCUUGACAGAAAGAUGUUAAAUAACCUGUAACUUGUGUUUUGUUCAGUUUUUUGUUUUGUUUUUGUUUGGUUUGGUUUGGUUUGGUUUUUGGUUUGAUUCUGUUUUGGUUUUUUGUGGUGUUCUAGUGAUAAAAAAAAAAGGUUUAAAGAAAAAAAAA